UACAUUCAAUUUUUUUUUUAUAUAUAUUUUUCGAAGUGUACGCAUUUAAAUUUUCAAAUUUUGUGUUUUUAUAUUUAAAUAAAAUUUACUAUUAAUUUUUUGAAAUAAUUAAAUAAAAAGAAAAUUUAAAAUAUUGCAAAAAAAAAACAAUACUAAAUUUACAAAGAGAGAAAAGAGAAAAACAAAAUGGAUUGGAGACGUUUUAUUAAUGAAUCGUUAAUUUCUCGUCUAAUUAUAUUAACGCUUUUAAUAAGAAUGGGUUAUACACUGAAAUGUUACGUUUGUGAUUCAGAAUUAAAUUCAACAUGUGCCAAAAUUAAUAAAGAAUCUAAAAUGAAACCACAGACAUGUACAUGGGAAUCAAUAAAUGAUCCACCAAAUACAUUAUUAGGUGAAUUAAGUCAUGUAAGACUCGAUACUAGAUAUCUAAUACAAGAAGGAAUAAAUGAUGAAAAUUUGACCCAAGAUGUUUUAAAUUUUGCAUGUGUUAAAAUUAUAUCGUCAGAUGGAGGCGGACGUCAAAUGAUUCAUCGUUCGUGUCAAAUAAAAAGUGAUGAUUUUUGUCAAAUGGUUACUGGGAAAGCAUGGGAAAAAAGUCAAUUUAGUCAUGAACCAUUGGAAAUUGUUGAUUGUAGUACAUGUAAUGAUAAAGAUAAUUGCAAUGGUGCCAAACAAUUUAAAUUACAUUUUAUUUUAAUUAUUAUUUCUAUAAUAAUUACUAGUAUAUAUUUUUAAUAUGAUAAUUAAAAAUUAAAUUUUUUGUUUUCAUUUAGCAUAAAAUUUAUAAUUAAUUUAAAUAAAUUAUUAAUUAAAAAAGAACAUUUUACAUUUUAAUAUAACAAUUAUUAUAUUGCUCAA